CGGGAAGACGCUCUGGAUGCUUUGAAGCAUCAUUCUAUCUUUGUUCUAUAUUCCAUAAGAAUAAAGAUAGAAUGAUGUUUCGGAGCAUUCAUAGUGCAGUCUUGACCGCAGUCAACAUCACAUGACAUAUAACUAUCAGCCAUCAGCUGAUAAAUAUUAGACUCGUCAAUGUCAGUCACUUUCGCAGAUGUACACGUAGAAAUGCAUCACAAAUGAUACAAGAAACGUAAUAUCUUUUGAGUGUAUUUAAAAGACAAACUUAUAUACUAUAUGUAUAUUAUAAACCGCUCACCGCUGACAAGAUUAACGUUAUUGAUGUUACAAGACAAAGGUACUAAUCGGGUACCUUUGAACAAAUCAAUGGGAUAAAUGCGCUCCGCCAUCAGCGUUAUUUUGUCGAGCCCGGUGCCCGACAACAAAAUGUCUCAUCCCGAUUACGAGCAAACCGCUCAUGAUCACGCUGCUUUGUUGUUGCUAUUGAGACCCAUCGGUAUACAAAUCAAGCCAAAGACAGUCAGUAGGUUAUGUGAAAGGAUCAUUAAAGCUGGUAGCAGAUUCUCCGUAUCUGAUUCCAGUGGCGGCACCCGGGAGAUCCUAGCUAGAUUCGUCAGGGAACAUCCCGUGGAGAACAACGACUGGGGGGAUUUUCAAACUCAUAGAAGAUUGCUAGGUCUGAUCACAUUUGGCAAGUACGAUAAUCAAGCAGAAUUGAACGAGCUGUGUAGAGUGCACGAGACCUUGAAAGUAAAAUACAGCAACACUUUAUAUGAUUCGCGAGCUAUCCUCUUUGGCCCAAUCGAGUCGAAUGGUCGCCACGAGCCACCAUCAGGCUUCACUACGCCCAGCAAUUUUAAAACGCGGGCAAUUUUCUAUGCAGACGAAACAUGCACAGAUCUGGAAACGCAAAUAGCUGAAUAUCUUAAUUUUCUAUUUUGGAUCUUAGAAUCAAAAAGAUUGGAACGUUCUAGGGAAAAGAUAGAUCGUGUUUCUCUUCUAUUGGCUCCAUUUGAAAAGAAAGAUUUUAUAGGACUGGAUCUCGAAUCUAGAAAUAAUAAGAAAAGAUGUGUGGGCCGUAUGACGAAGCAUUUAGGAGAUUUGUGUCUUCAAGCUGGAUUACCAGCCGAUGCGUUGAAUAAUUAUAAUUCUGCAGCCAACAUUUUGCAAGCGGUUAAUGAUUGGCUGUGGUUGGGAGCAGCAUACGAAGGUCUUUGUGCUGCUUCGGUAUUAGUUCUUUAUCCUAAUAUGUGCCGAAGUCUUCCAUUGCAAAGAAAUUCCUCUCUACAGGAAGGAAGUCCAAGUAAGCAAAGACGAGGAUCACAAGCUAUUGCUACAGUUUUGCCAUCUCCCCCUAGUAUAGAAAUAGUAAAGGCUAGCAUGCCACAUAUUUUAUUACCAGAGGAGAUAUCCAAGAAAUAUCGUGAAGCCAUUGUACAUUAUAGUAAAUAUCAAUAUGCAGGUAUAAUUGAAACUGAAGCUAGUUUCAAAGCUACAAGAAUCUCAAUAGAGCAAAACUGUACCUUACAAGCUGCAUCCUAUCUAAAUAAUGUUGUAUUGAUUAAUCUGCCUCUUAGCGAGCAAGAAAAAAUUGACCGAUUCACUACAUUGUCAGAUUUAUAUACAAGCUUCGGUUUUGAUAGAAAAGCUUCAUUUUGUUUACGAUUAGCUGCCACUCGACAUGUAUCACAAAAUAAUCCUAAUCCAGAUUGGCAGCAAUGUUACAACUUGAUGUUACAAGCUACAACCGGAUUUAAAUUAUCUUUGGAUCCUAUUGAUAUGUCACCAGAUGGACAAAGAGGAUGGCCGGCUAUACAGAUUCAAAUAAUAAAUGAACUUGUUGCUGCUGCAAAUCGAAUGGGUAAUCCAGCACUUGCUACAAGGCAUUUAACAUUUCUACUUCAAACAAUGUACAAUCACUUGACAUCUAUUGAACGAAAAGAUAUCGCAUUACAACUUCAAAAUGUAUCUCAACAGUGUGAGGGUGCACCAGUCCCUCUUGUUUUAGAUUCUGGUACUGUCAUACCACCAGCUAACUUAUUAAAUAUACCAAAGACAAAAUCGUUUAUUCUGAGAAACAUGCAACCACAUUUACAGCCCCAAAAAAUAGAAAGAAUAAAAGAAGAUCAUGGUCCAUUUUUAUUUACACCAAUUAAUUUUGGAUCGUUGGAACGGAAAAAUAUUUCGAAAAGUAAAGUUGAUUAUUUAUGGGUAGAAGGAGAUGUUUGUGAGAUAUCAAUGCAGCUUAUAAAUCCUUUACCGUUUGAAUUGCAUGUAUCUAAUAUGAGACUCUUGACAAGCGGUGUGGUAUUUGAAUCAAUACCAGAAAGUAUUAGUCUACCUGCUGAAUCUGGGCCAAUUGCAGUUACAUUAGCAGGCAGGCCCAAGGAAAUUGGUGAUUUGGAGAUACUUGGUUUUAGUACACAUACAUUAGGAGUUAAAUCCAACUGUAGAUUGAGACAUAUGGAGAGCAUGUUACAUCCUCAAUAUACGGUCGAAGUCAUCCCGGCCUUACCAAGAAUUGAUGUUGCAACUAGUUUACCUCAGACUGCCAGUUUCAGCUCAGGCGACAAUAUAGUUACCAGCGCGAGUAUCUCACUUUAUGGUGGUGAAAGUGCUGAGUGUACUAUAACAAUAACGAAUAUUGGACAAGUUCCCAUUGAGAUGGUCGAAGUGUCGGUACAAUCUACUUUAGAUGCUGUAACUGAAAGUAAAAUCUUCAAAUGGAGUGAAGAGAACUUAAUGACACAACUGCCUUUACAAUCAGGCAAUAGUGCAAGUCUUACUUUAUAUCUCUUUGCAGCGACAGAUUUUGUAGCAUCUCCCAUUAGAAAUGAUAUUACUAGCAGUACAUGUCUUAGUCAACCAAACAGCUUAAUGUCGCAUUCAGGCCACAGCUCUCUACCAUCUAGAUUAAGUUCCCCGUCUCAUCAUAUGAAAAGACAAUCCGAACUGACUUCCUCCUUCAGAUCAGGAAUAAGUUCACACUCUGGUCAUUCUUCCUUAACAAGUUCACGUUUAUCAAAACUUGCAGUACCUUUGCAUACAUCUAAUGUUAUUGAGGGUCAAUUGAGAAUAAAAUAUUCAGGAGGUGCAGGCUUAACAGCUGGUUAUUGCAGAACUUCGUCCGUGUUUAUAACCAUUGAGAUGCUAGCUAGUGUGCAAAUUACUAACUGGGAUGUAUUACCAGCUGAAACACCAUUACAAUUUUAUCUCGUAUUGGAUGUGACAAAUAUGACAAAUCACGAAAUGGAAUUAUAUUAUACACAAAAUAAAUGUAUAUACAUGGAAGGUAAAGAACCAUGUAGGAUUCCAGUUCCAGUUGAUCGAUGUCCUCUCAAUAAAUUAUCUAUGUUAAAUGGUGCUGGUGAUACUAAUGAACUUCAAAGAAUAUGUGCCGAACAUAUAGCUUCAUUGGUUGAUUUGCGUUGGCAAUUACUAGGUACAGAGUCAAUAGGGAAAGCAACCCUAUCUGGUAUUACUCUAACUCAAGAUAUGUUAGAUUUAGUUAGAAUGAGUCCUUUACAGUGGGAAAUAACUAUAAAUGAUACUAUUGUAAAAGCGCAAGAUGAACUAUCGUGCGCCUUAGGUGAAUGCAUCAGUGUUGGUGUAGGGGUGUGCAACGCUCUGGAACAUCCGCUAAGCGAUCUUACAUUGUCUAUUAAUUUCUAUCAGGAUCAUCAUAAUGGAGUUAAUAAUUAUCAAUUAGAAACUCGACUAUCCAUAGCUGGGACAAAUAAGGUCAUGUUACCUGCUUUACAGGAAUAUGGCAGAGCUUAUCACGAAUGUCGAGUGGUAUUUUUCACUGCUGGACAAUAUAAAAUAGAUAUUCAAUGCAGUAGUAAAGAAUCUGUUCCCACCUCUCCAAUACUUUAUUCAGAGCUUGCAAAUGCCGGACAUACCUGGCGAUAUAUACCACCCAUCGAAAUAACCGUCGACGAUUAUUAA